AUGAGGUCAAGCGAGAUCGGUAGUGCCAUAUGUGGAGGUCUGGCAGCCUACAUGUUAGCCGAUUCCACAAUGGUUAGUUCAACCGUUUUAUUGGGACCAUUAUCCUUCAUGACUGUGGCCGCUGUUCUCGUCUUCAUUACUGGACUUCUGGGUUUCCUGGCAGCGUGGUUCGAAAACGAACGAAUGCUCAACACGUUCGCUGUAGUUCUUGCUAUUAUGUGCAUCCUCCAAUUCACCUGCGUCAUCCUAGUCUAUGUCUACUAUGGACAGUUUGUCAGUUGCGCCACUUCACUGAUCAGAGAUAUCAUAAAUGAACCCAUUCAAUAUCAAGUGGCAUUAGAACUCUCUGAUAUAGAAUUUGAUCUCACCGACGACUUCAAAAGGCCGAUCGAUUUGUUGCAGGAAAAGGUAGGAUUCAAGUCUUGGAAGGAGUGUGCCAUUUACUUUAGCUAA